UCAGUUUUGUUUAAUGUUUAUGUGUAACUUUUUGAACUCAUCAAAACUUAAAUUUUCUAAUAAAUAUUUAUAUAGUAACAAUUAGUAUUUUGCAUGGCUACCAUUGCUGUAAUAGAAUGGACUUGAUUGCACUAAAAGUUUAAAAAACCCGACCAAAAUAUAUAUUAAAGUGGUAUGUAUUCUCAAAUCUAGUUGAAGUGUCUACAAUGAACGCAUAGUUGGCAUUUACUGACCAUCAUCAGGAAAUCAAUCAGGAGAAAUAUGACAGCAAUGGAUGAAAUAGAUUUUAAUUAUGAGUAUAACGUCAAAAUUGAACUCUGUGAGAGUGAUAAUAUCUUAUUCGACAUAAUAAAACCUAAAAACGAAAGUGAAAUAACAAUUGACGCAGAGGUAUUUCAUAAAGAGACGUUUAUUGAGUUAAUAAAGUAUGAAGAUUUGUUACUAGAAGCCCCAAGACUGUGUUCUCUCUGUGAUGGAAUAUUUCCCAAUAGUUAUUCAUUCCUUCAACACAAUACGAAGCAUUUAAAACUAUCACUGGACAAAUGUGAAAUAUACUCAUGUAUAACAUGUUCUAGAAAGUUCUCUAAACGCAGCGACUUAGCGAAUCACGAAAUAAACUGUACAAUUCACACUGACGAUAAUAACAAUAAAUCAACAUGCCCUGUAUGCAAUAUGCAUAUAGAAACGUCAAAAUUGAAAAACCACCAGAGAAAUCAUAGAAGAAAACAGGCAAAGUGCGAAAUAUGUGGCCUGAUGAUAAACUCGCACAAUAUGAAGCGUCAUGUGCAGAACAUACACACAAAACAGCACAAAAUCUGUGAACACUGCGGGAAAAGUGUUAAAUAUAGAUAUUAUAGUACUCAUAUACAAAAAGUACAUCAGAAUGAUAAAGUUAAGUGCGUGCAGUGCUGUAAAUAUUUCAAAUCUGCAGAAUCCCUGGAACAACACAAGCUGUAUAUUCAUUGUAAAUCAAAAAUAAUUAAGUCAACAACUCCAACUGACAUUCAGCACCGAUGCGAUAAGUGUUCUAGUGUUUUUAAGUUAAAAUGCAAUCUACAAGCGCAUGUAAAGAGAUGUAGAUCAGUGAAGUGCGGUUUGUGUGGUGCGAUAUUAAAAAAUAAACAAAUUCACAGGAAUCAUUUGAAUUGGGUGCAUUAUAAAGGGAAGGAGCAUAGCUGUGAUGUGUGCGGUAAGACAUUUAAAUCACCGUAUUCUGUGCGUUCCCAUGUGAAGAACUCGCAUGCUACAGUUAAGCGAGACAGAUGAUAUUGAUGGAAAAAUGCUCCACAUAAGUGAUUCGAUAUUUCAUGGGAUUCGAUAGCUACAUGUUUUGACAAGUUUUGUAUGUGCAUUUACAUAUUUGUCUUUGAAAUUUGCAAUUUAAACGAUUGUGUAAUUUUUUUUUAUUUAUUGAUAUUCAUUACAGAACUUGAAAGAUUCAUAAAUUAUGCUAACAUGAACUUAUUCAAGAAAUGCGUGGUGCAUUUACAGAUACAUGGCUAGCUUACUUUGUUUUAUCCAUGUUAUGGGUCACAAUUGAUUAAAGUAUAAAAUUGUCGUGUAGUGGUGCUUUAUUAUGAACUUGGGACUCGACUUAAAAUUUUUUUUUUUUUAGUUCUCUCGAUAGAUUUCUAUAUGUAGUAAUAAGUAGUGAAGUUGACUUCGUUAGUGUGUAGUAGGUAGCACCUAAAAAGGCAUUCCUCGAAAUUGCGAAAAAAAACAUCGGUUGUUUCUUAUAUAAAUCACUGAUAAAUGUAUGUAGAGGUUAGUAGCUGAAGAGAAAUCGUUUGUUGUAAACCAGAAAAUUAUUUGGUGCGGUAAAAUCGAAAAAAAAUCUAUUUACAUAAAUUGGAGUGAUUUAAUUACAUCCGGUGCGAGGAUUAAUCCUAAUUACUGUAAAUGUUAAAAAUCAUUGAUAAAUAUAUGUAGAAGUAAGUGAUUGCUUACUUACUUGCUUCUGUGUCUCAGAAAAACCCCGAAUUGGGUUAUGUCCUCCGAAAUGAGAAGGAGAAUUAUAGGAGGCCAGUGGGGAAACAAUAAAAGAACUCUCUAUUGUCUCUUAAAUCUUCGAGUGGACUGUAUUUCGUUUAUUUAUAUUAUGUACAUGCGUUAAUCAAUCAAUUUACAGUACUUGGUACUUUACAAAAGUUUAUUAGCAGAGAGUGCAGCUAGUUAGCCGGAAGUGGAGUGAGUUUAGAUUUUUUUUUUGUGAUGAAUCUCAAUGCUAUCCUGAAGGGCUACUACAUCUUAGCACGGGCGCGUGGGUGAACUAAUGGUUCACCCUGGUAGCGACACGCUCAAGGGCGUCCCCCCUUGUCGGGGAGUUUAGACUUUCGCGACGGCUGCCUUGU